AUGUCUUUCGAAAAAUACUAUUCCAAUAAAAUAAUUGCUCAACGAGAAAAGCGUGCUGAAAGGAGGAAGCAGGCAAGUGCUCUUCCAUCAGAUACUUCAUCAUCAGAUUCAGACGAUUUUGCUAGUGAUGCAACUAAUUGUCAAUCUUCGAUUCGGGCGGAUAAUGUAUUAGCAUCUACUACAUCCAAUUAUAUGGAUCUAGUUGAUUACACAGCAGAUGAACACGAUAAUGUUGAUGAAGGCACAAGUGUUCCCGAUGAUUCUCCUCGUCUUUUUUCAAAUAGCUGCCAUACAGUUGUCGCCGCGACAACGUCUCUUAUGCAGUUUGCUGUAGAUGCUAAUCUUGAUAAAAGUCAUACGAUUAAAUUGUUGAAACUGGUUAAAUCAUUAUUGCCGCAACCGAAUGGUUUACCGGUGUCACAUAAAAAUGUUCUUAAGAUAUUUGGUCGUACAAGCUCAUUUUCAACAAAAUACAUCUGCGAGCGUUGUGGCUAUGACACAACCAUAAUUAAAUGUGGUAUAAAACGAUGCUCGAAUUCUCAAUGUUUAUUUUCUAAUCAAAAUUUAGUCAAUAGUCGUGUUACGGAAAUUGUUACUAUGGACAUUCGCUCCAGUCUUCAUGCAAUUGUUAAACGGAACAGUAAAUUAAUUCUUGAUAAUAAAAAUUUAACUCCUACUGGAGAUAUUGUCAAUUUUGCACAUUACAUUAAAAACAAUAAAGAAAAAAAAGAGCGUACAUUGACAUUGCUUUUACAUGCAGAUGGAGCUCCACUUGUUCGCAGUUCUCGGCAAAACCUUUGGCCGUUGUUCGCAAGUGUUAUCGAGAUUCCUCCACCUGUCCGUGACUACCAACGUAAUAUUCUUAUUCUUGCUUUAUGGUCGAGUCGAAAGAAACCCGACAUUGACAUUUUUCUUGAUGGUACUAUUGCACAACUUCAAACUCUUAUGAAAUAUGGUACAACUAUUUGCUUAGACGAACAAGAGUAUCACUUUAUUGUUCGUAUACAAGGUUUUCUUGCUGAUCUUCCAGCUAAAUCACUGUUUUUGAAGACAAUCAAUUUCAAUGGAAAGUAUGCAUGCACGUGGUGUCUUUCUCCUGGUGAAUAUAAUUCAACAUGUCGUAGCAUGUUGUAUCCAUUUGAAAAAAAUGACAAUACAUUUCGAACACAUGAUGAAUUUCUGCGAAAUGCCCGAUCAGCAGCUUCAGAAAGUGAUCGGACUGGUCAUGAGAUAAUCAUUAAUGGUGUACGAGGCAUUUCACCUUUGCUCUCUAUUAUUGAAUACCCAGUUUCUGUUCUGUAUGAUUACAUGCAUCUUGUAUGUUUAAAUCACAUUUCAACAUUAGUUAAACAUUGGAAAGUUCUUUUAAAUCAGACUGAUCUUUCAUUAAUCGAUGAACGAUUGUCACAGCAACGAGUCCCCCACAACAUGAACAUUCGUUUUGAUUUUUCCAUUACAGAGGUGCAUCAAUGGAAGGCUAAACAUGGUCGUCUGUUUAUCCUCUACAUUGGUCUUCCAAUUUUAAUUAACAUCUUGCCUUCAUCACAUUUGUUUCAUUUUGCUGCUUAUGCAUUAGCUAUAAAACUUCUUCAUGCACCUGAGAAUCAAGCAGAAAUUGAUUUAGCUGAACAAUUAAUACUUUUUUAUUGUCAAUCGUCAUCAUUGAUUUAUGGUUCAGCUAUAGAAUUAUAUGGUUUACACAGCCAUCUUCAUUUAGCACAGCAGGUGCGACAUCAUGGAGGAUUAUCAUAUACUUCAGCAUUUGCAUUUGAAUCAUGUAUUAGAUAUACCAAAAAGAAAGCACAUGGUAAUCGAAAUUUAGCAUCACAAAUUAGCUAUUGGACUGAUAUGGUAUCAAUUAUUAAACAAUCUCAAUCAACCAUUCAACAAUCACAUGGUGUUGAUGAAAUUUUCCUUGAAAGUCAUCUGCUUGAAGAAUUUCGAACAAUUCUGGCUGAAUAUCUGGGAUCUCGUAAAAGUGGUAUGGCCGGUCGUAUAUUUCCGUGCCUCAAUAAUAAUAGUCAAUCAUCUUCAUUAUUGUCGACAUCGGUUACCGACAAACACUCGAAAACAACUGAAAAUUCAACAACAACUAUCUGUACAGCAAAGAAUUCAGAUCCACCUGCUGAAAAUUGUCCUAUUCGAAAAAAAAAAUUAUCUCAUAAUGAAAAGAAAACAACAGCACCACAUGUAUCAGUUGAUCAACUUAAUGAUUUACUUUGUAAAAACGUACUUGAUUCACAAUCGAUCGAUGUCAUUGAAACUGAUGAUGAACUUGAUUUACCUGAUGAACAUAAUGAAACAUCAUUAUCAUCACAACCACUGCCAUUAACACCAGGCACGAAACGUGCAUUUAAAGGAAGUUCAUCUAUCUACGUUGAUAUUGAUGAUUCAGGAUUACCUACAGAUGAUUCUCAAAUAAGUAAUAUGGAAAACACGUUUCCUUCAGAAUUAGUUUAUUCAACUGAUGAUGUCGAUCAACUUUUUACGCGUGAAGAACUUCUUGAACUUGAUCCAAUAACAAAAAAACAGGAACUUAUAGAACAUAAAAGUUAUGCAUUUAUAAAAGAAGCGAUUAGAUGCAAGUUCCAAUUAACUGCACAACAACUUGAAAUCGAAUGGCCAAACAUUCAUGAAGCAAUAUUAAAUAAACGACGAAAUUGGAAGAAAAUUACACCACUUUCUACUACACGUACAUCACCACUUUCUGCUACACGUACAUCACCAUUUUCUACUACACGUACAUCACCACUUUCUGCUACACGUACAUCACCACUUUCUACUACACGUACAUCAUCAAUUUCUACUCGAGACUCGAAUGAGUCUCAUGAAUGA